AUGUACUUCAUUAAUGGUCCGAUGCCCACCUUUCACCCAUUCACACUGCAGCCGGCUGGCUGCCAUAACAACGUAGCGCUUGUCGCAAGACGCCUAAUGAGCUAUCAGGUGCUCAUCAACGUCUCACAUGAGCAAAUUCCAAAGUUCAUUCGAAUCGUCUGGCUCUCGCUGCUGACCAUGCCGUUCAUCGGCCGCGAUUGGCGGGCUCCCGGCGAGACUUGGGUGCGCACGCCGCACACCAAUGGCUGGGAGCGCACAAAAUUGCGUCCGGUUCAAAUCAGCUCGGAGCCGAUACUAAUUCCGACGAGCGACGGCUCGCCGCCAGCCGCCACCUCUUCGCCAAAAUUCACACUAUAUGAUUCGGAGAAUAACUCGUCGUUUGGCUCACUGCCAAGCGACUCGUCAAACUCAGACGAGUCCGAUUCCAACGAAAAGGAUUGGAUUCCGCAUUGUUUUGUAAAAAGCAACUCAAAAGAGUUUAUUGGUUGUACUAGUAUGAGUGAAGCUUUCCACCGAUUAGAUCUCGCUAGAGCCGUUAACGAUGUGCGGCGAUUCAAUUUCAUAUGCAAGGUUGUUCAAAUUCUAGUCGAAGAGAAACUUCAAAAUCUCUCUGCCACCGCGCGCAAAUCGCUUCUCUCGAUUCUCAUUGCCAUCUCGUGCCGAUCGUACGCCGAAGACGUCGAUCUCACCACCGCCAAAGAGCUCGUCACGCGUUUCGGCAACGGUCUCGACAGUGUUCACGUGUGCGGCUCGCCGCAACUCAUCACACGCCAUCAUCAGACGGCGAGCUCGCUGCUCGAUUUGAUCACCGAGCGAAACGUGCGAACCGCCGCCGACGCCGAUGAGACCUCGCUCACCUUUUUCGAUCUUCCACGAGAGGUGGUUCUUCAUAUUCUUCGCCGUCUCUCCGAUCAUCGUGCACUUCUGGAAACCGCUCAAGUUCACGAGACUCUUCAACACAUGAUUGACAGCGAGCAAAAAAUCUGGGAAUCGUUGUGCCAAUUUCAUUUUCAAGAGCACCAAAUUCAAAAGCAGAAGACGCCGGAAAAAUCGUGGCGGCAGACGUUUUUCGAUUUGAAAAAAUACCACGGCUGCCGCGAGUUGUACGCCGAUCUCAUUCACAUUUGUUGCCAUUGCAAGGCGCUCUUCUGGCGCAGCCUCGGCCAUCCAUGCGUUCGCGAGAGCACCGCGCCGUCAGUACGUGUAACACCUCGCCAGUUUGUCGAUAUGCUCAUCUACCUGUAA